CAGAAAGUAACUGGUCUGGUGAAAUAACUUGUAACUGCACAUCCUUCUUGGAAGCAUCCUGACACUAUGAAUUACUUUCACACUGUUGUCUUUAUUCUUUCAGUGCUUAUAUCUAAAGGAUAUUCUCUUUCAUGCGUACAGUGUGAAAGCCUGCAAAGUAUUUGUACUGGGCCAUCAGAAGAAUGUGCCCCUGGAGAAGAUGCUUGUGUUUCAGUUGCACUUAAAACAGUAGUUGCUAGAGGGGAACAACCUACACAAUAUUUCAGAAGUUGUGGAAAAUCAAAUUUCUGUGGAAAAAAUCCAUCUAUAAGCAAACUUGGUAGUGCUUUAACGGGAGCUAUUACCUGCUGCAGUUCUGACAACUGUGACCCACCUAUCCCACAAUUGCCACCUCGUAGUGCUGAAAAGAAUGGGGUAACCUGCAACGUAUGUCCUUCUGAAGGCUCUAAUUCCUGUAUUGCUAUGAAUUGUACUGGGAAUGAGCGUACCUGUAUCAAAGUAGUUUCCACAACAACAGGCCCUCUUCAGGGUUCACAGACUAUAGAAGGAUGUGCAUCACAAGACGCGUGUGAUUCUGCAGAAGCUCUGACAGGAGCUGUACCUCCAGGAACGAAGAUAGAGGUGACCUGCAAUAAUGGGAAUCCUGUCUUCUAUUACAACCUAAUUAUCCUAGUUAUUUCUGCUUCUCUCCAUUUUAAUCUCAUGUAUUGAUGAAAACAACUUUCAAGCUGUGAUUUGACAGUUUUAUACCAGUUUUUGUAUAUACUACUUGUCUAUAUCUUGUUUUUUUUAGAAAGAAUGUUGAAGUUCAUGCCAUGUUGUGUAUGUGUGUUUGGUGUCUUUAAUUGUUCUGGAGUUAUAUAUGUGUCCCAUGUGAUACUUUUGUUGUAUGAAAUGCUAAUUCAUCUCAAAAUCUAACUAUUUAGUUAUAUGUUCAUUGUUUAAUAUCUCAAUAAAAUGAUUAUGUUAUACUUAA